CGCCAUGUUGGAUGUGGGCAAUAUCAUAAUAUCUAUACAGGAAGGAAACAGCAUGUCGCUCUUGUUUUGUUCCAGAAAUAUUUCUAAUCCACUUUAAAUCCGCACCCAGACUUUCUUCUAUCCAUCUGAGUCAUGGGAAGUGUGCUAAGCAGAACACAAAUGUUUCUUUCAGGACUGUGCGGUAUAAAGGCAAGAAUUUUGGUGCUUGGUUUGGAUGGUGCUGGCAAAACCACAAUACUGUACUGGUUAAAGGUAAAGGAGAGAGUAACCACCAUUCCAACUGUUGGUUUUAAUGUGGAGACUCUGGAUCCCAUAGGUGGUGUGGCUUUCACAGUUUGGGACAUCAACAAAAGGUCCAAUGCCUGGCCUUUAUGGAGACAUUACUUGGCCUGCACACAUGGUUUGGUGUUUGUGGUGGACAGCAAGAACAUUGAAAGUCAUGGUGAUGCCAAAGAUAUGCUGUAUGAGAUUCUAGGUGAGGAGGAGUUGAAAGGCGUUCCACUUAUUGUUCUAGCAAACAAGCAAGACUUGACAGGAGCAAAGAGUGCUUCAGAGCUUGCUCAGCAAUUUGAACUCGAGAAGUGGAGUGGCAGUAAAUGGGGGGUGUAUGGGUGCUCUGCCAUUUCAGGAGAGGGUCUACAGGAUGUGCUGAAGAAGCUCUCCGAAAUGGUCAAGGACAAAGGAAUCAUAAUGUCCUGACUUUUUUUUUUUUUACUUUUUCCAAAGAGAAUGAAAGAGCAAAGAACCGGCAGAAAGAGUGUGGAAUUACAAAAAAAUAAUUGGCAGAAGAAAAUCUUAGUAGAAAUUGAACAUUUGAAAAAAAAAAGGAGAAUUAAAAAUAAAUAGUCUGAUAAAAGUGAAAUAUGUAGGAUAUGAAACUAGAAAAAUGAGAAUAUAAAAUUGUAGAACCAACCUUAAAGAGACAUUCAACUCAACAUGUAACUGCUGAUUUAAAUAUUUGAUUAUGUGUUGUAAAAAAAUGGUACUAUGUUUAUAUAAUGAAUUGUUACACUUUUCCUGUGAUUUUUCUGUUGUGUGCCUGAUUCCCCCUAAUCCUGCAACAUGCAGUGAUUGCUCCUCAAAUACAUUAGCUUGUUUUUAUAUGUCCCUAACUGGCAGCAGCAAAGGAUCUAUCUUUUAAUAAAACUACAGGUUUAAAGGUU